AUGGCUCAUCGGAAACAGGGACGCAAGAUUGUCAUCAUCGGAGCCAGUGGAAAUGUAGGACGUCCUACAGUUAAAGCCCUUCUUGCUCAAAAAGUUCACAGUAUCACCGUUGUUCAACGCCUUGAAGCCACCAGCAAAUUCCCGUCCGAAGUAAUCAUCCAGUCGGGAGAUCUACAAGAUGAAUCUCUCCUGGCCAAGGCGUUCCAGGGCCAGGAGGUAGUGGUUCUGAUGCCACCACUUCCCCAUAUGAUAAGCAUCCAAGAGUCCGCUGUGCGCGCAGCUGCUAAAGUCGGCAUUCCAUACAUUCUUCCUGCCGAGUAUGGCCCGGACCCUUUUGCCCAUCGGCUUGUCGAGCAGAACCAGCUUCUGCAGGAUAAGAAAAAGAUCCGCGAGUUAAUAAGUGAACUCGGUGUGGCGAGCUGA